AGGAAUAAUUUAUGCAGAUGCGCGUAUGUCUGGCGUGCGCUUAGACCAUAUGGCAACGAAUCUAAUUAGCAUAUCAUACAGGUAUCGCAACGCGGAAAAUAUCAUGUGGUUAGUAUCGCGCUUUCAAUUCGAUACGAAAGGAAAGAAAUACAUGCUCCACAAGAGGUCUUGUUAAAGGAUUCACGGACCACUCGAACCCAGGAUCCAGGGGAGAGAGGCAAAACCGUCAGCUACAAAAUAAGCCUGUCUCAAUAUGUUUUGUUUUGAAUAACACGGUAUUGUUCCUCGCUGUUGUGAAGCAGUCUGAUCGAGUUCAUCAUAUCAAAGACUGGCGACCAGAAAAUCAAACCGAGUAUGUUUUGCUGUAAGUUGUCACUUUCAAGACGACGGAAGCUAACACACAAACGAUUGACAGCCAUGUUAAUCAUCUUGCUCGUAGUUCUUGUUUGUCUCCACCUGGUUAUUAUUCCAUCUGCGAGUGGCGGGUAUAACGACGAGUGCUACUUAACUGAUCAAAAACGUCAAAAUUUGAGGAUUAUGGUGCAGAAUAUAUCGAGGGUGUUUGACAAGUUUGGUGUUCAGUAUUGGCUCGACUAUGGAACCCUUCUUGGUGCUUAUCGUACGGGAGACAUUCUGCCACACGACCACGAUGCAGAUAUAUCAUUUAUUUUAAGAACAGAGAGGUUAAAUGCCUAUUCGGAAUUGAAGAGAUCUGGAAUUAAAGCAAAUGGCUUCAUGGCAAUCUUUGGGAAUGCGACCGCUGAUUUCAUGAGGUGGAUACCAGCAAAUAGGUCAACUAGCGGCAAAACAGAAGUGAUGCUUCACAGAUUCUCUCCAGCCUCUUCAGGGGACAACUUCAUUCUUAAAUACCAUCAUACCUUGGAGACAUUUCCUCAGUCGUGGGUCGUGCCACCAGCGAGGAUCAAUUUCCACGGAGUCGAUGUCGCAAUUCCCAAUUCCCCGGAACGUUUAUUGGCUUUCAGAUACCCUUACACUUACGGACUGUUCUGGUUUCAAUUUCCAUACNUCGGGACAGUUCGGAAUAACGUCGUACGUUCGUUAACCCGUUGCGUUUGA